AUGUUGAUGCGAAGAGAGGCUUCAAGUGAAGGAAUUACCGGAGCCUGCGCCGCUUGGGGCCCCCAAGGUCAAGAGCCCCCUGACCUUGGGGGCCCCCCUCCUUCCCUAGAGGGUCAGCAUCCGCUGAGUCGCCCCCUGUCUUGUGCAUACGGAGGGAAAAAGGCACUUGUGAGACUUCCACGAAAACAGAGGCCCCCUGUUCUUCUGAAGCGCUGGGCAACAAUGUGGAGAACAGCACGGCCAAACGGAUGCGGAGCAGCUCAAGAGGGACUGCAUGCGGCUGAAGACGAAUUAGUAGCAGCUGCAGCUGCCGCCGCAGCAAUAGCAGCAGAAGGUGCAGAUGACGAACGCCUUGAUAGUGGAGAUGUCUUGUUCGAUGCUGAUGCUGAGAGCGACACAGAUAUCGACAGUCUAGCCUUUGGAGGUGCGUUGGAGCUGCAGCCGCGUGUGUUGGGAAGGCCGGCAAGCUCCGAUGCUGCAGGUGGUUCAGCAGGUACACCCCAGGGCAGUAUGCCGUUAGCUGUUGAACAGCACGAGCAGUCAGCAUCAGGGGGAACUUUUGUGAAUUGGAUGCGGCGGGUGCUGCGGCUGCCGUUACAGCAGCAGCAGCAGCAGCAGCAGCUCCAGCCGCAGAGGCCUUCAAGGAGGCGCAGAAGAAGGUAUGAACCGGUAGUCGGGGAGGGUGUUGCACACACAGAGGACGCCCUCGCUGCAGCGCAGCAGCAGGAGCAGCAACAGCAGCAGGAGCAGCAGGAGGAGAACAGCGGCAGCUUCUCUGAGAGGAGGCGAGUGGGAGACGCCAGCACGGCCCUUGACAGCAGUAUGCACAACACCACUACCAGCAGCAGCAGCACAGAUUUUCAAGCGCCUAGAGGCCUGGUGGCUGCAAUCUAUAGGGCGCAAGCGCUGCUGCUCUUGGAGGGACGGAGUGUCGCGGCAGCAGAAAGCGUGACAUCCCCAGGCGCCCCCCCUUCAGAAGGAGCCGAGGCAGAGGCAGCAGCAGCAGCAGCAACUGCGAGCAGCAGCAGCAGCAGCAGCAGAGACAGUCCUCUGCGCAGGCUUUGGAGACGGGUAAGAGGAGAUCAUCGAAACGGCGAGCUGGAAGCUGCAGCGGCCCCAGCAACACCCGCAAGACUGACUGCGACUGAGGAGGGGGUGGAGAUUGACGAGGAGGAGGAAGACAGCGCCGCAGUGUACGAUGAUCCUACCUGUCAGCAGCUUCUGCUUGCGGCGGGCAUUCUUUGUUGGGCUCCUCUUCUCUGGAUUUUAGGCGCUGUUCUCUUCGCCGUUACGCCUAGGGCGCAUCGCAGAUCUAGGAGAUGGGGAGCAAUGAACGUCCUGCUUCUUACACUGUUUUUCUGCUUCUUGGGAGCUCGUGUUUGGAAUGACCAGACACCCCGGCCCCCCCGCGUCAUUUUCUACGGCCGCGAUCCACACGGGCUUUCAUGGCGAGGCCGCAUUUGCGGAGGACUAGCCUCGGGUGUUAUAUGGGAGGCAGUAGGAAGCAGACUUCAGCGAACAAAGCUCUUCUAUUGGGAGUCGUCUGCGAGUCUCUCCCUUCAAGGGUGGCAGCCGCUGGCUUUGCCUCAGCAGCAGGAGCAGCUCAGGAGCCUUAAGAUCAUCAGGUUGCACGUCAACGACUGGCUAGCUGGCGGGUGGGGGGGUGAGACGGUGCUAGGUCCCGCCCCUGGGGAAGGUCGUGGGCCUUUUGCUGCAACGGCACUCCAGAGUCCUGCGGUGCUAGUCACCGGACGCGUGCAAUUCGCUGCGUCCUUUGUGGCUGCACCCGAAGCAGCAGCAGCAGCAACGGCAACAGCCGUGCAGGCAAGUGCAGCAGCAGCGAGAGAGAUCACUGACGGAGGCGCUAACACAGAAGCAACAGACGGGGUGACCGAUGUGAAGCCGCACGAGAUCCAUGCGGACCCUUCAGGGUUUUUCCCACAGGAUAUCGGCGUCAACACGCUGCCUCUUGGCGUCAACACGCUGCCCGCGGAUUUUUCUGGCGCUGCUUUGCGGUGUACUCCCAGCUCCACCAGCACGGAGGGCACGUCUUUUUGGGGGGGCCUGGAUGCGGAGGAUGAGCAGGCACAAGAGGUAUUGUCACUACAGCUGAAGAACUACACCACGCAAGAUCAGCUACCAGGCGAUGACAAAUGGUUAUUUCUCCCUCCUAGCCACCUCAUCGCCAGCAGCAGCAGCGGCAUCGGCAGCAGUAAAAGCAGCAAGAGCCGCUGGGCCGUAUACACCGCCUCGCAGGUUGUUGCCUUCACGUCUACGCACGUCUGCUCCAUAGUUGUGCUGUAUACACCCAAGCAACAGCAGCAGCAGCACCAAGAGAAUCCUUUGGUGUUUGUGCGGAGCCUUGCACUAAAGCCUUUGCCCUAG